AUGCUGCUCUACCUACGCAGAGCCUGGGGCUGGGCUGCCGCAUUGCCCACGCCACUGGGCCUGGGCUCCCGCUGCACCCCGUCCCUGGGUCCCGGCCUGACGGAGGCGCCUCACAGGAGCCCCUCACGGGGACCCCCUUACCGGAACUACCUCACGGGGACCCCCUCACCGGAACUACCUCACGGGGACCCCCUCAUCGGAACUACCUCACGGGGAUCCCCUCACCGAAACUACCUCACGGGACCCCCUCACGGGGACCCCCUUACCGGAACUACCUCACGGGGACCCCCUCACCGGAACUACCUCACGGGGACCCCCUUACCGGAACUACCUCACGGGGACCCCCUCACCGGAACUACCUCACGGGGACCCCCUCAUCGGAACUACCUCACGGGGAUCCCCUCACCGAAACUACCUCACGGGACCCCCUCACGGGGACCCCCUUACCGGAACUACCUCACGGGGACCCCCUCACCGGAACUACCUCACGGGGACCCCCUUACCGGAACUACCUCACGGGGACCCCCUCACCGGAACUACCUCACGGGGACCCCCUCAUCGGAAUUACCUCACGGGGAUCCCCUCACCGAAACUACCUCACGGGACCCCCUCACGGGGACCCCCUUACCGGAACUACCUCACGGGGACCCCCUCACCGGAACUACCUCACGGGGACCCCCUCAUCGGAACUACCUCACGGGGAUCCCCUCACUGGAACUACCUCACGGGACCCCCUCACGGGGACCCCCUCACCGGAACUACCUCACGGGACCCCCUCACGGGGACCCCCUCACCGGAACUACCUCACGGGGACCCCCUCACGGGGAUCCCCUCACCGGAACUACCUUAUGGGACCCCCUGUCACAGGGAUCCCCUCACCGGAACUACCUCACGGGACCCCCUCACAAAACCUCCUCGUGA